AUCCAUUUAGAGCUCGGUUAGAAUCGCUUUUCGUUUAGUUUCGAGCGAGAGCAGCUAGAAGUCGGUAGUAUAUUUCCAAUUGACGAAGCAAACUGGUGUAAUAGUUGAAAUGGCUACGAACGAUGCACCUGUGCUGGAAUCAUGCAUUCCAAUUCCUAUCGAGGAGGAGUGUCUGCUGGAGGUCAUCGAGAAGGCCAAGGACUGGGCCAUCAUGCACGGAGCCGCUAUGCGUUCCAAGAACAACUUUAGCCCGGAUGCUCUGCAGUUUGCUCCAUUUAUCUUGACACCGAGUUCGUUCCCGAGGAAGGAGUUCGAGAAAGCUGUUGAGCUGCAAGUAACUCUCAACGAGCUGAUGCAUUAUGUUGCCCACGAUGAGGAAUUUCUGAAGGAAACUUUGCGGAACACGAUUCAGGUGGAUGCCUUUACUGGUGCUCUGUUUGAAAUCUACGAAACCGUUCUGAAGGAGGGAAUCUCUCAGCCGAUUUCAUUGGGCCUUUUACGAUCCGAUUUGAUGCUGGAAACAAAGUGCGAGAACUCAUGCCCAAUCCGGUGCGCCCGGGCUAAACCCUACUGCUGCUGGAAGCAGGUGGAAAUAAAUACCAUCGCCUCGGGCUUUGGUCAUCUGGGACCGGCGAGCAAAGCCAUUCAAAGCUUCAUCUUGAAGGAGCUGGGACAUGCGGAUAAACUGGUCGAUCUCCCGGAAAACCACGCCCUAUCGGGUUUGUGCAACGGUAUGGUCGAAGCGUGGAAGAUCCAAGAUAAUCCCUCGGCAGCGAUCAUGUUCGUAAUCGAGGACGUGACCUACAACAUUUGCGAUCAACGAUUCCACGAGUUCUACAUCCGGGAAACGUAUCCGCACAUACCGGUGAUUCGCCGAUCGUUGACCCAAAUCUAUCAACAGGGAAAGUUAGGUUCUAAUGGCGACCUUCUCAUCGAUGAUACGGUUGUAACCGUCAUCUACUUCCGGGCCGGCUACGAACCUGGUCACUAUCACGGACCGAACGAAUGGGCCGCUCGGCUUUUAAUGGAACGGUCCAAGGCUAUCAAGUGUCCUUCGAUUCACUAUCACCUAGCUGGCACGAAGAAGGUCCAGCAAGCAUUGGCGAAACCCAGCAUCUUGAAACGAUUCAUUCACGAGGAAGCAAAAAUUGACAGCAUCAAGGAUAUAUUUACAGGACUUUAUUCACUGGACAAGGGCGAGGAAGGGGCUCAGGCAGUCAAGUUGGCGUAUUCCAACCCGGAACGGUACGUGCUGAAGCCACAACGCGAAGGAGGCGGCAAUAACGUAUACGGUGUGGACAUUCCUGAGGCUCUGGAGAAGAUGAACGAAGACGAACGGUCGGCUUGGAUUCUGAUGGAACGCAUCUUUCCGCCACUGUCGCGCGGUUACAUGGUUCGUCCGGGUGGAAACAUGCCCCCACAAAUCGUGGACUUGGUGUCGGAGUUGGGUAUUUUCGGUGCAAUCAUUGGAACAAAGGACAAGAUCCUGUACAACAAACAAGUCGGUCACAUGUUGCGAACCAAACUGUCUAGUGCCAACGAGGGAGGAGUUGCUGCCGGUUUGGGUGCCUUGGAUAGCCCUUACUUGAUUGAUUAGCGGAAUAAAUUGAACAACUACCAAUAUACUGCAUGUGACACUAUUCCAAGGCAAUCAAUACAAUUUUGCAUUUUCCUUUCAUGUACUGUAAUGUUUACUUCUGUUGAGAGCUAUUUUAUAUACAUUGUGAUUAAUUGAA